AUACGUCAAGUAACGACUUCGGAUCCGGUCUGCAUCGGCGCCGUCUGCUUUGAAUCCAGCGGUCCUAGAAAUUCAAUUGAGAUCGGAUACGUCAACGAAAUAAGCAGCUUUACGUUGACACAGACCAAAACGUUAUCUCAACCAAUGUCUGGUUGACGUGUCUGUUGCAGGAAGCGUUUCAGAUCCUCCUCAAUGUUAUGGAGAGUCAUUUUGCCGCUCUGAAACUACCAGCUGAAAAUAAUAACACCGAUGAAGUAAUAACUCCCGCAAAGCCAGCUCUGAUAGCAUCGAAGAUUUUUCUCCAAAGUUCUUCCAUACCAAAUGAUCUUUGCAGCAUCACUAGCUGUACCACAUUUGUCAAACGGUUCAGGGACGAAGACAAUUGUUACGCCAGGAGAAUAAGAGUCUCCCAACUAUCGGCUAGCAAUAACGCACAUUUCAGCGGCGCGGUUUGGGAUAUAUUCGUUCCCCUGUCUCGAACUCUGAGCACGAUCGGAUGGUCCAAUCAUAGGUCCAUAAAGAUGGUAGGCUCUGGAUCUCCGAACCGCAGUCAAGAACCCAUGGACAUCGAGGAGAUCAGUUUCACAGAGCCAGCGUGUCUGGAAACAUUCGUUCAAAAUGUACAAAGAGCAAAGGUACCAGAGUUUGAUUCAUCGGACACCGACGUGGCGCCUUCGAUAUGUGGAUCUUACAGACGGCCAACCAUUCGAGAGUCUAAGCUAACAAACGUAGUGGAAGCCUCUUCGGACGCAACGAUUGUCACCAACAAAGAGGGGGUGGAGGAUAAAAAGGCGGCCCAGAAGUUUGUCGAGAGGCCAGAAUACGUGGAGAGUAAAACGAAACUGCGAUCUCUGUCCAAGAAAAAACCUGACGAGCCCGAAGGCGAACGAACCACAAUUUUCUACUUCUGGCAGAUGCUGUUUUUCAUCUUAUUUCCAAUCGCCGUUGUAGUGACGAGCGUCUGCGUGGCACGGGACGAAUUUUUCGCCGGAGAUUGCGCUCAGAGUUUCGAUCCAACGGGGGCAAUUUCCGAGAUGGAAGCCCGGAUCUUCGGGCAGGCCAGGGCGAUAAAGGAACUCGGCUCUCAUUUGGAGCUGAAUUCCAGCCAGUUCAAGGUCAUAGCGUUGAUCGGGGGCUCCGGAAUCGGUAAAUCUUACGCGGUGCACAUAAUCCAAGAGAAUUUCCCAAAGAAGACCAACAUAUUCCAGUACAUCCCGCCGUUGGAAUCGCGUCUGCGGCACGUAUCGGGCGUUUUAUCUAUGUGCGGGUGCAACCUGCUCGUCCUGGAGAACCUGAGUAACAGGGACAUCUCGGAGGCGGCCAGAUUCGUCGAGAGGGUCAGGGGGGUCGCAGGAAAUCGCUGCGUUUUGGUAAUAGAGGUGAUAAACAUACAGGAGACCGACGACGAUCUCAAACACAAAACGAACGCGGCGAGAAGCACCGACGAAAUCGAGGGAAUCUACCGGGACAGGAACGUCGAAGUCGAGGUCGUCGCGUUCGAUCCCCUAGACGAGGACGCGAUCGCCAAAUGCAUAACAGAGGCCGCGACGCACAGAAACAUCACCCUCUCCGCGAGACAAAUUGAGGACAUUGCGCUCGGUCUCCGUACAGCGGACAGUGGAUGCAAAGGGGCCUACGCUAAGGUCCAGUUGUUGUAGGCGAACCUCGCUGUUUUACAAAAUUAUUGCACUGCCGUCUAUAUUUGAUAAGAAAAACAAAAAAAACAAAAAAAAACAAACAAAAAAAAAUACAUUCAGGGUACCAAAUUAGUCGGUAAGAUUAGGGUUUAUUCACUUCCCGGUUAGAUCGUGAUAAAAAUAUAACUCUUGACAAAGAAAAAUAAAUCGCCACAUACUUAGCUUUCGUUUUUACCCGGAGAUGAAAUUCUUAUCGCCAAAAAUGUGUGGCUAUGAUCUCGUUCUCGUAACCGUUUCACGGAGUAGAAAUAAUAAUCGUUGAUCGUUGGAGACGAGAGACGUUUCGGCUCACGGGUAUCAAAGUUUCUCGUAACGAUGGUACGACUUUAUUGUACCACUGUACCUAAAAACAGUACAGGGUAAUUUUCUAAAUUUUAAUCACCUUUCAUCGUCAUUCAGCGCGCAGCUAUUCAAAGGAAACAGUUUCAAGUAUUUUGCUCAAUUAAAUUUUAGCGUAGAUUCAUAAGCUAAUCUGAAAUAUCGCAUAGACCAACUUUCAACUUUGUGAUGUCAUUUACAUGAUUUAAAAUUUUCGGUAUACCUAUCGGUCCAACGUAUGUACGUACGUACGUGUGCGGGUUGGAUAAAUUUAGUACGUUAAUGUUUUUACCCAAAGAAAUGACCGGUUGUUUGCGAUUAAAAAAAAAAAAAAAAAAAAAAAAACAAUUUCUCGUCCAAAGUUUCUUUUAUAAAAUCUAAAUUAGUAAUUACUUCGUACAAUUUCUAUAUACUAUGUACCUAUGUAGAAGUUUUUGGUAAAAUAUUAUUAUUAUUAUUAUUA